CAUGACGACAAAGGACUGAUGUAGUGGAUGCCUUGUUUUCUUAUUUCAGGAUUUGAUCACGUCAUAAAAAUCACAUCCUACGAAAAAUAUACACGUAAUCCGAAUAAGGAUUGAUUUAAAGAUAGGCCAUGUACUGAGUGAUCAAUGAAACUUCAUUAUAUAAUAGAACAUUAUUCCUGGAGAUACAAAAGCCUUAUGUAAUGUGGAAGUUAGACAGAGAUUAUUGCCUUAAACCAGGUAGUAAAUCAGUUUUGAAAAUGAGUUGUUGCUGACUUCCUGCUGAAGAAGAGGACAAAGGAAUGGUCAGUGGGUCUCAGCGAUGGAUAAAAUUUGGAAUGAAUUUCUUUAUAUUAUUUGUGAGUCUAUGUCAUGUGACAUCAUCUUUAGACUUUCAAUACCACGACCACCAGGAUCUGACCAACUACCUGACAAAUAUGUCCAACAAAUAUCCUGAUCUAACUCAUUUGUAUAGUGUUGGAAAAUCUGUUCAAAACAGAGAUUUAUUUGUCCUGGCUAUUGGUAAGCUGCCACAGAAUCACUUGACACUGAGACCUCAUGUGAAGUAUGUUGGGAAUAUGCAUGGCAAUGAGGCUGUAGGCAGGGAGAUGCUGCUUCAUCUUAUAGACUAUUAUCUGACCAACUACAAUGUUAAUUCCACUAUAAAGACAUUCCUGGAUAAUACAGUUGUACAUAUCAUGCCUUCCAUGAAUCCAGAUGGAUUUGAAGUUUCCAUGGAAGGUGAUUGCUCUGGAGUACAAGGCAGACCAAACACUAAUAAUUAUGACUUAAACAGAAAUUUCCCUGGAUAUUUCGAGGUAAACAAAGCUCCUAUACAACCAGAGACAAAUGCAGUGAUGGACUGGCUAAAACAACACAGAUUUAUUCUGUCAGCUAACCUACAUGGUGGAGCUAUGGUGGCUAAUUAUCCUUUUGAUAAUUAUAUUAAUGGUUCCAUUAUUGGUCAGACAAGAUAUGUUAAGUCCCCUGAUGAUGAUACAUUUAUACAUCUAUCUAAGGUUUAUUCCUAUUCUCAUGCCAACAUGUACACAGGACAACAUUGUGAUGAUAAUUUCCCUGACGGCAUUACCAACGGAGCACUCUGGUACCCUGUUCUAGGUGGAAUGCAGGAUUAUAAUUACGUAAGAGAAGGAUGUUUUGAAAUCACUUUAGAAAUUGGCUGUUGUAAAUAUCCACCAACUUCAGAACUUACAACAUUCUGGUCAUACAACAAAUAUGCUUUGAUCAACUUCCUGAUGGCAGUACACAGCGGAGUGAAGGGAUUGGUACGAACACCCAACAAUACAGAAGUAGUAGGUUAUGAUAUGGCUGUCAAGGGGAGACAAAUCUUGUUUAAAAGUUCACAGUAUGGAGAAUAUUGGAGACUUUUACGUCCAGGUAGACAUACCAUCCAGGUACUAUCUGAAGGAAAAGUUAUAGCAGAGAAACAAGUACAGGUACCUAACAAUGGUGUUGUAAGGGAAGAUAUCUAUAUAGGAGAUACCAGUAGUGCCAGUGUUAUACAGAGUUGCCUCCCUUUUGUCAUAUCACUUAUUUCUAUAUGCUUACAUUGUGUAGGUAUUUUAUAGUAAAACAUAAUUGAAAUGCAUUAAAUGAUAAUCAAAAGAAAAGUCAUAAUCAUUUAUAUAUUUUUAUUUGAUUGGUCAAUAUUCCGUAUUAUUUUAUUUACAUCAUUAUCAAUGUUUAAGUACUGUGGAUGCGUUAUUAAUCUUAGUGGAUAUCAAUUUAUGGUGGAUUUCGAGGAUGAACCUCCUACUUAACUGUUCAACUAAUUACACAUUUUCUAUGAGCUUGUAUGCAGACUUUGGCAAAACCAAGAAAUCAAAUAUCCAUGAAAAUCUCAAUCCACAAAUUGGUACCCACGAAAAUAAAUGAAUCCACCAUAAUCUUUUAGAACAGGAGAUAUUCUGUCUCUGAUCUUGUUCCCUAUACAGUGUACUGUAAAUUCAGAAAUUAUUGCGAGGUUUUUGUUAGUGGGAAUAGUGCGACUGGGUGAGUAUCGCAUAUGUCUGUAAGCAGAUUUUCCUGAAAGUGCAAUAAUUAAUCUCGCAUUUUUGUCCAUUCUUCAAAAAUCACAAAAAUAAAUGCACACAUUAGUUUCAGAACUUACAGUAAUUGAUAUUCUCUAUUUUUCACUUCCAUAGUCAGAUGUUUGUACAUGUAAUGAAAUAGUCAUCUGUUUGUACAUGUAAUGAAAAUUGUUUAAGUAUUGUGCCUUUAUAUAUAUAACAUAGUACCAUUCAGGAAAAAAAAUUCUCAGGAUAGGAUAGAUUAAACAGAGUCAGAAAGAAAUCAAAAAUUAAAAAAUAUCUUUCUUGUUUUUUUUCUCCAAAUUCUACAAAUGUUAUUUUUGUGUGUAAAAUAAAAGUUCUGCUAUUAACAAACUAUUCUUUGUCAAGUAGAAUCAUGCCACAUUCACAAACAUACUGCAUGUAAAAUAAAUCCUAAACUUCUCAUCCAAGUUCUGGACAAAACAGUUUGAUCAAUAAGGAGAUAAAUGGACUGCUGAAGUGGCCUUCCAAAAUGACAACAAAAUACCAAAUGUGAUUGGGAAAUUGGUGUACAAGUUUAAAGCAAACUUCUUUACCACAUAUAAAACAAACUUGAAUUUUAAAGAAUUAACUCUCAUGUUUAUAAUCCUACAGAUUUUUAACUUAGGGCUAUGCCAGAAAUAAAUGGAAGGUGGGGGGGUUUGGAAGGCAACUUUUUGUUUAACCCUGCCAUGCAUAACAUUUUAAUUGAUUUUUUCAUAUAGUUGUUAAGGUUAUUUGUCUAAAAUAACCACCACCCAUCAAAUUUUAUUAAAAGUGCCUUAUGACCCCCCCCCC